AUGACAGCAUCCGUCUCCCCACAUAAGGUCGCCAGUCGACAUGGCUUCCCUCCAUCUCCCGACCCUACCUGUGUCAGGUUGCCUGAAUCGCCGGAGAAGAACAGCCUCCCAAACCUCACCUUUCAUGAGAAGUCUCGUGGCAUUCGCAGACUGCAAUCCCACAACCAGCUCUCUUCCGCCGCCAACAUGGGCACCCAGUCCUCCAAUCUAAGACCUCGUGCUGGAAUAUCUACCAAACCCUCGCGAGAACAACUCAAUCAACCACUUGCCUCGUCCAACGUCGCCUCAAACAUGUCCAGCGCAAAUACCACUGUCACCUCCCGAGCUCGUGCCAAUAGCGACGCCCCUCUACCAUACGCACCACGCAACUCCCGCCGACCAGCUCCUUCAAUCCCGUCUUCGAAUCAUAUCGCUAGUCACGCUCGCAAAUCCAGUCUAGAAAUGACCCUUCGCGACGGUCCACCUCCUGGAACCACUCCGUCCUCUGCGCUCUCUUUGCUUCGCCACUCGAUCCUCACCAGCGGUGUGACGGCGAGCAAGGAAGGCAUGUCGGAUUACCGGAUAUACUUGUGGCUUACACUGUUGAAUGUGGCUCCGCUGCCCACCGAUACAUACCUUGGCCUGAUUCAUCGUAGUCGGAGUCCAGCGUAUGAGAAGAUUUCCAAUGAUGUGUUUCGCACACUCGCGACUGAUACGCUGUUCAAACGACGCGUUACAGAUGCAAGCCUGACAAGACUGCUGAAUGCUACCGCCUGGCGCAUUCACGACGAACAGUCUUCGAAUCCUCUGAGUGAUUUUGCACUGAAAUACCCUCAGGCGACUUACCUCCAGGGCAUCAACGUCCUUGCAGCACCCUUGCUAUACGCCUCGCGCUCCGAAUCUCAAGCCUACGCCAUUCUCACCUGCCUCCUAACCGAGCAUAUUCCAUCCUACCUUUCCCCGACCAUGUCCGGGGUCCAUAGGGGAUUGGACUUGAUCGACCGAAUCCUUUCGUACAUCAACCCCACCCUCUCUUCCUUCUUGCUCAGCAAAUCAUUACCAGCCAAAAUUUACGCCUUCCCGUCCGUUCUUACUCUUUGCGCAUGCACGCCGCCUCUCCCGGAAGUCCUGAAGCUAUGGGACUUUUUGUUUGCGUUCGGGGUGCACCUGAAUGUUAUAUGCGUCGUCGCCCAGCUCUUGUUGCUCAAGGACAAGCUUCUGGGCGAACCAAGCCCUGCAAAGAUGCUAAGAAGUUUCCCGAACCUCAAUGCUGACGAGGUAAUCAAGAUGACAGUUCUGAUUGUGAGGGAGCUUCCGGAGGAUGUUUACCGCGAUGUCGUGGCACAUGGGAGGGCAGCGUCUUGA